AUGGAGAAUUUUGAUCACAUCAUUUCUACCUCGACACUACGUGUCACCCAGAGACGACCACGAGCAUGCACAGAAUGCGCUCGUCGCAAGCUGCGCUGCUCUAAGGUGAUCCCGUGUGGUGCUUGUAUGGAUCGAGGCAUUGGCCACUUAUGCUAUCGAGAAAAUGUUUUGCUCCGUAAUAGAAAGGCUAAUAAGCUAGACAGAACGAUGCGAUCAAAUCAAGAUACCGCCUCGGGUGAUGUGCAGCAGAGAGAUGGUGAUGAUGUCCUUCAUGAUUUCCACCACGUUCCUCUUUCUGCCUCUAGUCCACUUGAAUCUUCACCACCACAGGGCAUAGGGAUGCCGUUAAUAGAUACCACUAGCCCAUACAUGCAUUCAGAUCAAAUGGCACCCAGCUCCGACAAUGACCCACUAGCCGUCAGCCCAACAGCCGUGCCUAGAGAAACACCCAACACAACCAGGAGUAGCUCUGAGCGAGGGCGUUUCCCCCACUCAUCGUUGACCUCACAAAGUGGAUUGAUGAAAGGUGUUGGACAGAAUACUGCAGUCACCCUCGAGUUCCUUGCUCUCGGUAGACAGCAUGUCAUGAGACUUGGGCAUGGUUUGGGCACGGGAUCGCCGGCUUUUUUACCAACCCAUUCCGCAAAUAUGGCUGAUCCAAUCGUCACGCCAGCUCAGGCUUUCUGGUUGGUGGACUACCACGAGAAAAACAUUUCUUGGAUGCACAAUAUUCUUCAUAUGGCCACAUUUCGUGAACAAUGUGACACAUUUCUGGAUUCGGGGGUUCCAAUCAGCCCGCUCUGGCUACCUCUCUAUUAUACCGUGCUUUCUUGCACUGUAUACCUGACGUCGCCGGAUUUGUUGCAGCAAUGUGGAAUUGUCGAUCAACAACCACUUGCAUUACACCUACAUGAAAAAAGCAUUGAAUUCCUACACGCCUCAAAUUUUAUGGUUAACCAUUCAAUUUUCUCCGUGCAAGCCAUCUGUAUGCUCAUCCAUUGCGGGCACAACUUUGGUGAAUCAGAUUUGAUUUCCACGCUGAUGGGCUCCGCCAUUCGCAUCGCGCAGUCGCUCGGUAUUCACCGUCUGGGAUCAGAUAAAACAGGAAGUGUGGUUAAGUCAACGGAACGAGGAAAGGCAAAGAAGCAACUGACUGAUCGCGAAAUAAGCAAGAGGGUGUGGUGGUUCCUCAUUCGCCAGGAUUGGCUUCAAAUACCUUUCAUAAACACUUACACGAUCCACCCAACACAAUUCAACACACCUAAACCCAAAAACUGCAUUGACUCAUUGAUUGAAAUUGGCGACGAUGGCGUGGUCGAAUGUGGAAUCGAUACAUAUACUCAGGGCAGUUACACGGCGGUGCUGAAUGAGGUUGCCGUUCUACUCUGGAGAACCCAAGAUCGAUUGUGUCUCCUAGGACAUCCCGAUCGGGAGCCUGAUGGUGAACGUAGGCUCUACGAAGAAAUCAUAAUAGCCGACACUGAGCUACGAAAGAUCAUCAGCCGAAUGCCUAUUUUCUUCCGUGAAAAGGUGUCUCAAGAUAAGACCCUCCCUGCGCAUAUUGUGCAGCAAAGAGAGGUAACACAGCUUUCAUUGUCGCAUAAAGUUUGUAACCCAAGCUUCUGCAUCUUGCGAUCUGAUGCCGAACUAUCUCGUGCUUACACUCACGCUAGUUCCUGA